AUGGGGCUCCUGCUCUCCGCAUCCUUGAAGAUGGCAUGCCGCCCCGUCAGCGACUCCAGCAUCAGUGCAUCACCACCCCAACGAACACGAUCCAAGCCUUGGAUAGGCGCCUACUCGAUGACGACGCCGGCGGCGGAGGCUGACGAUGGGGGUAAGGAAGGGUGUCCACGACGAAUCGUCACUGAGGCGUCGCACAUCCCACCAGAGCGCCUGCAGAACUACUGCGACUGCACCAUGAAGCCGCAUCCGCGCGUGCGCCAGGUGCUAUCGUCGCGGACGCAGACGCCGGGGCUGAUCCUCUCGGCAAAGGCACCGACGCGGCCACGGAGGUCUUGCGGCACCACGAUAAAGGCGUUCUACGAACAGGAGCCCGAGCAGAGCACGGCGUCGGAGCCGAGGACGACGUGGGCGCCUCCCCGCGGCGAGAUCGACACCAGUCCUGUCCUUUCUCCUUUUUCCUCCCCUCUUCCCAGUCCCGUGCCGCCGCACGCCCGCUGCCCGCACCGCCGCACCGCGCAGGCGGCCAGGCGCACGGCGCACCGACCACCGAGCCCUGGCGGCCUGGCCCCUGCUGCUGCAUCGCGCUCGCGCAUUCCCUGCCCCGCGGAGCCCCUGACGAGUGACGACGAGUCGAGGACGCGGCGAGCCCCGGUCCGCCGCCACCCCUGCUGCCCCUGCCCUCUGCCGCCCCUGACGAGGAGUCGAGGACGCGGUGAGCCCCGGUCCACCGCCGCCCCUGCUGCCCCUGCCCAAACUCCGGUCUCCACGGUCACGGAUCCAAUUCCAAGAAAGGGGAAAAUGUCUACUCCUGGUACAUCUUCGGCUGCUGGAUCUCAAGCUGCAGCUGCUGGUGCAUCUUCGGCUGCUGGAUCUCAAGUGCAAGCUGCCGACGACGUGCGCGAGCUCCUCCUCUCCACCACAGCCGACGCCUCUGACCCGUCCACGCCCCUCUCAGCGCCCGACCUCCGCCUCCUCAUCGACCGCCUACGCCUCCGCUCCGACCGCCUGCACGCCUCGGCCCUCUCCUUCGCUGCCUCUAACCGCGGGGCCCUCGCCAACGCGCUCCUCCGCGCAGCCUCUGCCGCCGAAUCCUCCGCCUCCUUCAAGUCUUCCCUCGACUCCGCGCUUGCCCCGCUCGCCUCCUCGCCCGACCUCUCCGACCUCAGGGCCCUUGCCGACCGCCUCCUCGCCGCCCGCCGCGAGCUCGCCGAGCGACAGGAGCACCUCGCUGCUGCCUCCACAAUUGCUUCGCUUGCCGCCCGCCUCCGCGAGGCCCGUGCCGCAGCAAGCCCCCUUGACAGGGCCGCUGCCGUCGCUGAACUCAAGACCUUCCUGAUCGAUCCUGACAGAUCUGGAUCUGGUCAAGACGACCCGGUCGUAUUUGGGCUCCUCAGGAGCGACUGGGAGCAACUUGUCGAUGAGCUGCAAGUGGGGCUUGGGAAGAAUGUGGAGGAGUGUGUGGAAUUUGCGCCAGAGGGAGGUAAGGUGGUGGUGAGGGCUACUCCGAGAGGUCACUCCGGUGGAAGUCAUGGUGUUGAGCUUCCUGUUGCCCUGCAGGCAUUGGAGACUAUUGAUGCCCUAGGCUAUGGGAUGGCAAAAAUUGCAGACAAGAUGAUGAAACAUAUUCUGGUUCCAGCAAUUAGUAACAUACAGGUGUCAGUGAUUGAGGAAGGUGGUCCAGAACACUCUGUAUCAGUCUUGAGUGUAGCCCCUUCUGAGGAAAUAAAAGACAAUAAAGAUGGUUCAAAUCUGUACUCAAGAAUAAUUGAUGUCAUCAAGUUUGUGUGCAAAUUCAUUUGCAUGGAAAAUAGCAAGUGGGUUCAGUCUUUUGCAAAGUUAACCUGGCCAAGAAUUUCUGAUCUGGUUAUCACACACUUUCUCUCCAAGGCUGUACCCAAUGAGGCAUCCAAGCUAAUUGAGUUCCAAGAUGUCGUGCGAAGUACAGUUGAAUUCGAGAACAAACUUAGGAGCAUGAUGUUUCUUUCGCCUGAUAGAAAGGAUGGCAAGUUGACCCAAUUUGUUGAUGAUGUUGAAGUUCAUUUUGCUGUACGGAAGAGAAGUGAGAUCUUGGUGAAAGCAAGGAACAUUCUUGUACAAUAUGAUUAUGAUAGUCGUCUGGAAUCUGGUGACCAAGGUGAUUCUGUUGUUGAUCUACUUUUUCAGCCAGAGAAGUGUUUUACAUCUAAAUCGUCACUUCUAGUAAUGAAAUUGGUUCAUGGAGCCCUCAAGGAUGCAUCUUUGUCAUCAGCAAGAGUAGCUAAGGAGUUCUGCUCUGCUGCUAGGGAUGUUUUGCUCCUUUAUAAGGCUAUUGUGCCAGUUCAGGUUCAUCUAGAGAAGCAAUUUGAUAGCUUAAGUCAAGUGGCUGCUAUUGUUCACAAUGAUUUCUACCAUUUGUCCCAAGAAAUUCUGGGCCUUGCAUUUCAGUAUCGUGCAGAUUUUCCUAGUGAUCUACAGAAACAGGUUGUUUUUGUGGAUUUAGCCCCAAUCUUCUCCCAGAUGGCAGAUGCUGUAUUGAGAAGACAAAUACAACUCGCUGUUGAUACUAUAAGUGAGGCUAUAGAUGGCGCUGAAGGUUUUCAGAACACACACCAACCUCAGCAUUAUGAGUCAGCAAAAUUUAGUAUCGAGCAGGUCGUGUUUAUUUUGGAAAAGAUACGCAUCAUGUGGGAAUCGAUACUGCCAAGAUCAACUUACAGGAAAAGUAUGUGUCACGUCCUUGGGUCUGUCUUCUCAAGAAUUACAAGGGAUAUGCUUCUGAUAGAUGACAUGGCAGCAGAAGAGACAUUGCAGCUUCAAGGCCUUAUCCAUUUGGCUCUGGAAAACCUCUCUUCACUAUUUCUUUCCCUGGUUGAGAACGAUGAUGACAGCACAAAGUUCUUAGACCAUGACACUUGGAUUCAGUUGGAUGGAAUUAUACCCUCUUUGAAAAAGUUCCGCAAGCUUGCAGAGUUGCUUGAUAUGUCAUUGAAGUCCAUCACAGCAUGUUGGGAAAGUGGAGACCUAGCUAGAUGUGGUUUCACAUCAUCUGAGGUGCAAAAUUUCAUCAAAGCAAUAUUUGCCGACUCGCCUCUUAGGAAGGAGUGCCUAGGAUGGAUUGUUAGGACGCCAGCUUAG